CCGCGUUGACAGACGUCUUUACGGUGCUGACCAGUAUUUGUGUAGCGCGCCCUCUUUUGGAGGAAAUCGAUGUUAGUACUUUCGCUCGUACAAUACUCUGACGAAUUCACGCUCUUAUUGGUGCGCGUCAUCAAGGUCAUGACUCUGCAAGGUUUACCUGACAUAGUGGUGAGACGAAGACUUCCUCUGUAACCAUGGCCAUCACGGACUCCCAACCUACUGAUAAAUCGUUCUUAGAGAAGCUGAGCCACAUCGCCUGCCAGUUUAUUGUCCCAGUCUUGAUGCCAGCAUCAACUGCGGUUGUCGGUUACCUGGUCCAGCGGCGCAUCAAUAAGGAGAAACAACAAGCAGAGAUGGAACUCAAGACAAAGAAACGGGACGUCUACGAAGGAAACGUGGGCAUUACGACCAUCAAACGGCGUCAACUUCUGGAAGAGGCCAUCCUGAAAGAGGAAGAAGAAUCGACAGAGAAGAUCCUGAAAGAUCUUGAGGAACUCCGCCCGUUACUGAAACAGCGGCAAGACAUCUUCUGCAGCCACUUGCAAUACCGCGGGGACCGCUUGAAGAUCGAGGAGGAACUCAAGCACACGGCUUACGCCAAGCCGUACGACAAAGAGCUAGGCUUGUACAUGGGUAUGAAGGACAUUUUGCAGAACGACAAGAGCUGCGGUCCGAAGACCAACGGCUGCCUGAUGUGGUUGUACUUUCAGUUCUGGGAGACCCAGGCCAAGCUUCUUCAAAACAAGCGAGUGGCUGCUAGGAUGAAGUCAUUCGAUGAAUCAUUCACUGAGUGAACUGCAGCUCAUUUGAACAUUGUGUGAUGAAGUUUUGCCUUCUACCGGCCUAAUUUACUCGGUUUUAUUCAAAGCAAAAUCCUCCAUACAUAUUCAUCACGCAUUGUUUUUCUAAUGAUUUCAAACCGAGCAUAGCUAGAUUAGUAAUUAUGCGGCGUGCUCUUUCUAGUACAUUUUUAAAAAUUCUGAAAUAAAACAAGUCUCAAUUAUGUGUAUUGGGGUUGUGAAUGGUGGUGGUUUUUUUGUCUUUCAACUUUGUUUAUAUUAUCAUGUAAUUUUAAGGUAUGUUUCAGUGUUUUUAACACACAGGAUGUAGAAUUUAUUUUUGUAUUCAUGAUGGUUAAUAAAUAAAUUGAAUUGAAAAUGAAAUUGAAUUGAAUUGGCAACUGUAGCAUUGUAAGAAGUUACAUGUAGCUUUUUAUUGGUAAUAAUUUUGUUUAAGUUUAUUUCAGUUGACAUAAGAGAAAUUAAAUGUUGAUAAUUUAGUAAAGAAUUGUUAAAUUGGGCUUUAAUUUUGUAAGGCGACGAAUUAAAUUAACACAUUAGGCCUGGACUUCAUUGUAUUACAUUGUGUUACAUUGUAAUACAUUGCAUUACAUUGUAUUACAUUGUAUAACAUUGUGUUACAUUGUGUUACAUUGCAUUACAUUGUGUUACAUUAUAUUACAUUGUAUUACAUU